GGCAGAAGCAGCAGGAUGAAACUGAGGAAAGGAUCAGACCAAGACCCAAACAAAGACAUCCCAAAAGUCCUGCAUUCUGCAGCCAGCUUUGUCCUUCGGUCCUCAACGGUGAGAAUCUCAGCUCCCACUACUCUGGCCAUCCUCCUGACUUGCCUCUUCUCUGGGGCACAUGGCCAGACCCCAGAGGCUUUCCAGGCAAGCUCCAUUCCCUUCAAGGCACUCAGCCAGGAGCAGGCUUACAGCCUGCUGCAGCCCAGCCUGUUCAAGGAUGCCAAGGCACCCAACUACUCAGAAAGUCUCCCCAAGAGCAGCGGGUCGGAGCCACCCCUGCUGCCUGUCUGUGUGAAGCCUGCAGAUAUCAGGCACAUCUUCAAGUAUAUCAACACCAUCGUGUCCUGCACCAUCUUCAUAGUAGGGAUCAUUGGGAACUCCACACUCCUGAGGAUCAUAUACAAGAACAAGUGCAUGAGGAAUGGGCCGAAUGUUCUCAUUGCUAGCUUGGCACUUGGAGACCUUCUCUACAUCCUCAUUGCUCUGCCCAUCAAUGUCUAUAAGCUCUUGGCAAAGGACUGGCCCUUCGGUGUGCAGGUGUGCAAGCUGGUCCCCUUCAUCCAGAAGGCUUCAGUGGGCAUCACGGUCCUCAGCCUUUGUGCUCUCAGCAUCGACAGGUAUCGAGCAGUGGCCUCCUGGAGUCGGAUCCAGGGCAUAGGAAUCCCCAUGUGGAAGGCGGUGGAGGUGACGCUGAUCUGGGCAGUGGCCAUUGUGCUUGCAGUCCCUGAAGCCAUAGCCUUUGACAUGGUAGAGAUCAACUACUGGGACCAAGACCUGUGGGUGUGCAUGCUUGCCUCCGAACAGAAAUCCAGCUUCAUGAUGUUCUAUCGUGACGUGAAGGACUGGUGGCUUUUCGGCUUCUACUUCUGCCUCCCCUUGGUAUGCACUGGCAUCUUCUACAGCCUCAUGUCAUGUGAAAUGCUGAGCAAGAGAAAUGGCAUGAGAAUCGCUCUGAAUGACCACAUGAAACGGCGUCGGGAGGUGGCCAAGACUGUCUUCUGCCUGGUGGUGAUCUUUGCGCUCUGCUGGCUGCCGCUCCACCUCAGCCGCAUCCUCAAAAAGACCAUCUAUGAUCAGACAGACCCCAACAGAUGUGAACUGCUCAGUUUCCUCCUCGUCAUGGAUUACUUUGGGAUCAACAUGGCCUCUCUCAACUCCUGCAUCAACCCUGUGGCUCUCUACUUUGUCAGCCGAAAAUUCAAGAACUGCUUCCAGUCCUGCCUGUGCUGCUGGUGCCAGAGACCUGCUCUGAGCAUCACACCGACAGAUGAGAAGGGCUCUGUGGGGAAGUGGAAAGCCAAUGGGCAGGAGCUUGGACUGGACCGGAGCAGCUCCCGCUUGAGCAACAAGUACAGCUCUUCCUAAAGCAGAGAGGAGAAGGCACUGUGACAAGAUGGAAAUUUGUUCCAGGCUCUCCACUCAGGGAUGGCAUUCACCCUGCCUAUGUAUGGCACGAGAAGGUGACUGAAUGCAUGAGACAGCACAGCUUAGGAGUCCAGGUGUCCUCAGCAGAAGCCGGUGGCAGCAUCCAGCCAAACCACCUGCUUCAAAUACCUCCUCCCCAGUUUCUGGAAGCCCAGCACUUCUUGGGCACGGCUCUGUGACACCAAGGUUCAGGCUAUUUGUAAGGAGGAUGCAGAUUCUGUUCCUCAGGGUCAAGCUAAGGUGGAAAAUACAAUGGGGAAGACCUGAUUUCAGCUGAAGUUGCUGUUGAAACUAACCAGAAUAUGGCAAAGAGCCCUCGCAAACUUACAAUUUAAAGUGAUUAGACCCCAAAUGCCUUCUCCAGCAUGACUUUCUAAAAAUCAUGCUUGCACCCCC